AUGAAAGAAGAAGGUUUGGGAGAUUGUUGUUCCUCCAAUUCCACGAUUACCAGGAACACCCAGAAACGGAAGCAGCAACAGCACCAAGACAAGCCAUACAGAGGAAUAAGGAUGAGGAAGUGGGGGAAGUGGGUGGCGGAGAUUAGAGAACCCAACAAGCGGUCCAGGAUCUGGUUGGGUUCUUACGCCACCCCCGUCGCCGCCGCACGCGCCUACGACACCGCCGUCUUCUACCUCAGAGGCCCUUCCGCUCGCCUCAACUUCCCCGAACUGCUUUCCCAAGACGACGACGUUUCGACCCAACAGGGCAACAUGUCCGCCGAUUCUAUACGCAAGAAAGCGACCCAAGUCGGCGCGAGAGUCGACGCGCUCCAAACCGCGCUUCAAUCCUCGUCGUCGCACUCCGCUAAUUCCAGCCACGUCAGCUCUGACAAACCAGACUUGAACGAGUAUCCAAAACCCGAAGAUUAG